AUGUUGCAGAGAGCAGCAAGCAAUGCAUAUUCAUGGUGGUGGGCCAGCCACAUACGCACAAAACAAUCCAAAUGGCUCGAACACAAUCUCCAAGAUAUGGAAGAGAAGGUACAUUACACACUUAAGAUCAUAAAUGAAGAUGGAGACACUUUUGCGAAAAGGGCGGAGAUGUAUUACCGUAAAAGGCCUGAGAUUGUUAAUUUCGUGGAGGAAGCGUUCCGAUCAUACCGUGCUUUAGCAGAACGCUACGAUCAUUUGUCCACAGAACUUCAAAGUGCCAACCACAUGAUCGCUACAGCUUUCCCUGAACAUGUUCAGUUUCCUCUUGGUGAUGAUGAUGAUGUUGAUAAUGAUGACAAUCCUGAUAAACCACCUAAGCCUCUCCAUCACAUUCCCAGUGGCACUAACAUACCAGAUGUCCCUGAGAUUCCCAAGAAAGAGUUCAAGAGCCAAUCUCUGAUGGUGUUGUCGAGAAAGGGACCUGGAGAUAUGAAAAGCUCGCCGUCUUCUUCUGCAUUGGCUACUUCGGGACUGAGUAUAGAAGAAGCAUUGAAGGAGAUUGAUAAGAUUCACAAGGGGAUCUUGGUGCUGCAGACAGAGAAGGAGUUUGUGAGGAGUUCUUAUGAGCAGUCUUACAAAAGGUAUUGGAAUUCGGAGAAUGAGGUUACAGAAAUGCAGAAGAGGGUCUGUAGUUUACAAGAUGAGUUUGGGGUUGGUGGGGAGAUCGAAGAUGGUGAAGCUAGGACACUGGUGGCGAACACAGCUCUAAGCUCCUGUAAAGAAACGAUUGCUAAGCUCGAGGAGACUCAGAAGCGGUUUGCUGAAGAUGCAGAAAUUGAGAAGGAGAGGAUUGAUACUGCAACAGAGAGGUUUGAAGCACUGAGGAACAAGUUUGAGAUCAAGGUUGAAGAAGAAACCGAGAAAGCUUUUGUUGGUCAAGAAUCCAGAUAUGCAUCUGCAAAAGAAUCUGGAGAGGUGAAUAAGAAUGAGAAUCCGAGUAAUGCUGAGUUUGCAGAGAAGAUAGAUGAGCUUGUAGAGAAAGUGGUUUCUCUGGAAACAACAGCUUCAUCUCACACAGCAUUGGUUAAGACAUUAAGAUCAGAGACUGAUGAGUUACAUGAACAUAUCCGUGGUGUAGAGGAAGACAAGGCAUGUCUUGUUUCCGAUUCUACAGAUAUGAAGAAACGGAUUACUGCGCUUGAAGAUGAACUGAUUAAAGUUAGAAACUUGUUCCAAAGAGUGGAAGAACAGAACAAGAGUCUUCACAAGCAUUUAAGUGAAGCUAAUAGCACAGCUGAAGACUUGUCUGGAAAGUUACAGGAGGUGGAAAUGGAUGAAGAUGUCGACGGAGACAGACUUAACCCGGAAAGUGCCCAAGAGGAUGAUCCUCCUGAGGAUUUAGAUUCAAUCUCAAAAGAGACAGAGAUAAAGAGUGCAGAGGAAAUCAAAGAGGCCAUUGUAAUUAAACAUAGUAGAGAUCAAGAGCUAGUGCAAUCGGAGACAAAAGACUCAUGUGGUGGUUUAUCAGAAACAGAAAGCACUUGUUUUGGCACAGAAGCUGAAGACGAGGAGGGGAGAAACUGGAGGCAGUUGUUACCUGCAGAUGGCAUGGAGGAUAGAGAGAAGGUUUUAUUGGAUGAAUACACAUCAGUACUAAGGGACUACAGAGAAGUGAAGAGAAAGUUGAGUGAAGUUGAGAAGAAGAACCGUGAUGGCUUCUUUGAGCUGGCAUUGCAGUUGAGAGAGCUCAAGAAUGCUGUUUCUUGCGAAGACAUGGACUUUCAUCUGUUACGCCAGAGACCUGAAAUCGCCGGCAAAGAUUCUCCAAAUCAAGUAGAAAGAAACCAGCCUGAAAGUGUGAGUAUUUCUCCUAGCUCUAACUCUUCAAUUUCCAUGGCACCGCAUCAGCAAGGAGGAGACUUGAAGAGAACAUCUGAACGAACAAAAGAAGACGAGGGCAAGGUGAAAUUUGCAGACAUUGAUGACACCCUAAGAAAGAAAAUUCCAACUGUGGAAGAGAAAGUGCGAGGAGAUAUUGAUGCGGUGUUGGAGGAGAACAUCGAAUUCUGGUUAAGAUUUAGUACAUCCGUUCACCAAAUACAGAAGUACCAAACAGCAGUUCAGGACCUGAAAGCAGAGCUAUCGAAACUGAGAACUGAACAUGAUAAUGCAGGAAGCAGUAGUAAUGCAUCAGAGGCAAAGCCUAUAUACAGACACCUUAGAGAGAUUCGGACAGAGCUGCAGUUAUGGCUAGAGAACAGUGCAGUCCUGAGAGACGAGCUCGAGGGAAGGUAUGCAACGCUUUGCAAUAUCAAAGCUGAAGUUUCAAAGGUCACGUCUCAAUCGGGUGGUACUAAAGUAAGCGAUACAGAGAUAAGCGGUUACCAGGCUGCAAAGUUCCACGGCGAGAUACUCAACAUGAAACAGGAGAACAAAAGGGUCUUCAACGAGCUUCAAGCAGGCCUUGAUCGUGCAAGAGCACUGAGAACUGAAGUGGAGAGAGUUGUGGGCAAACUAGAAGAAGAUCUUGGGAUGUUGAAUGCGGCAGAUACAAGAUCUCUGAGCAAGAGCAACUCAUCAUCAUCGCCUGGAAAGCCUAGGAUUCCACUACGGUCGUUCUUGUUUGGUGUCAAGUUAAAGAAGUAUAAACAUCAGAGGCAACCCUCGUCGAUCUUCGCUUGUGUCAGUCCAUCUCCAGCUCUGCAGAAACAGUGUAGCUACAUUGUCCCACCUGUAAAGCUCCCUAAUUAA